CAUUUGCUGCCCUGCAUGGAAAAACAAGGCUGGGUGGGGGAUGGCAGGCCUGUUUGCACACCGCACUGUUCAAACAGACUCCCGUGCCGCAGACACCUGUGCGGUGGAGGACAGGGCAGGCAGCGUGGCAGGGGCUCUCACCUCUUCCAACUCUCCCCAUAGCCACCCUGACAACCGCUGCAGAGUCCUGGCCACAUCAUGCCCCGUGCUGGGGUCUGCAGCUGCUGGGGUGGCCAAGUAUUGCCCCUACUUCUGGCCUAUAUCUGCUACCUGCUGCUUGGGGCCACCAUCUUCCAGCGGCUGGAGAAGCAGGCAGAGGCUCAGUCCAGGGACCAGUUCCAGCUGGAAAAACUGCGCUUCUUAGAGAACUACACCUGCCUGGACCAGCAGGCCCUGGAGCAGUUCGUACAGGUCAUCCUGGAAGCCUGGGUGAAAGGUGUGAACCCCAAAGGCAACUCCACCAACCCCAGCAACUGGGACUUCGGGAGCAGUUUCUUCUUUGCAGGCACAGUGGUCACUACCAUAGGUUAUGGAAACCUGGCACCCAGCACGGAGGCAGGGCAGGUCUUCUGUGUCUUCUAUGCCCUGAUGGGAAUCCCACUCAACGUGGUCUUCCUCAACCAUCUGGGCACAGGGCUGCGUGCCCAUCUGACCACACUGGACAGGUGGGAGGACCACCCCAGACAUUCCCAGCUCCUGCAGGUCCUGGGCCUGGCUCUGUUCCUGACCUUGGGGACCCUGGUCAUUCUCAUCUUCCCGCCCAUGUUCUUCAGCCACGUGGAGGGCUGGAGCUUCCGUGAGGGCUUCUACUUCGCCUUCAUCACCCUCAGCACCAUUGGCUUCGGAGACUAUGUUGUCGGCACAGACCCCAGCAAGCACUACAUCGCGGUGUAUCGGAGCUUGGCAGCUAUAUGGAUCCUCCUGGGCCUGGCGUGGCUGGCAGUGGUCCUCAGCUUGGGAUCCCUGCUUCUGCACAGGUGCUCCCGGCUCUGGCAGCUUAUCCGAGGCCUGGACGUUAAGGACGGAGCAGCCCCGGACUCUGAGCCCAGAUCACAGAAAAUCCCCAUCUCUGCAUGAGACCCAGGUGUCCUGACCUGCCCUCCCCAAACCCGUGAUGUUCCCUGCCCUUCCCUUAACCCUAACCUCCCCCCAGCCCCCGCCCACACUACCCAGCAACUCUCCAGGGAGAAAAAGGAGACAGAUGAACCUACAGAGUAACUGAAGGGAGACGAGGAGACAAAAUCAAAGGUCUGUGUGGGUGGAGAUGUCAAGGUUGCCCUGUUUCCCAAAGAGAACGCGGAGGAGAAGUUAAACCCGACAUGGAUCGUGGCGGAGUCAUGACUGCCAUCUUAACGUAGUCACGGGACCCCUUAGGCUGCAAGCAAAGGUGGACUUGAUUGUUGUAUCAUUUACGAUCUACAUGGCAGGCUCUUAACAGGUCCUUACUAGGUAGCAGGCGCUGUGCCUGGUUCUAGGGCUUUGACAGUAGUGGUCUGGGCUUCGCUGUGUUGUCAGUCUUGAAGGAGCCCCCGAGGCAGCGACCUCAUCUUUGAUGGGAAUAAACCUGGGGAGAAUGAAAGUUCAGGGCAGUGGCUGGAGAAGGAGAGCUGGACACACACACACCAAAGGUGUCCCCAGGAAGCCGUCCUCAGGAGUCUCACAGCUGAGGAACAAGAAACCUGCGGGUCAGUUCUCUAGCUCUCCUUGCUUACAAGUGGAGAGGGAUCCUAGAACAACACGGGGGACCCUUUUCAGGUGUCCCACCACUUUCCUGAACAUGACCUCCCUGACCCUCAGAGCACUCUUAGACCUCUUUACUCCCCCUGAGAAGCUGGGGGCAGGGUGGGGGCAGCAGAUCCCAAGAGCUAAAUAGACUGUGCCCUCCUUAAUGGUAUGGACUCCCCUGGGAACACUCUUCAUCUGAGCCUGGUCCUUCUGCCAGACUGCGACACUGGGCCAGAAGGGAGAGACGGUUUGGCCCAGACUCACGGGAUUGGGAACUAAUUUUUGUUUGGACUUCCUUCCCCUCUCCAGUGACAGAGGGGUUCCCAAGUUCUGUGUCCUCUUUUUAGCAUUAAGGGUGGGGUGGGACCGUGAGCCCCAGAGGUUGAGGGGAGUCCCAGGGAAGGACCCACAUUGGCAGAGGGUUCCCAGCCCCCAAGUCUUACUGCCACCCAGGGAAAGAUUCAACUCAGAUGUCUCCAACACGUCUACACACGCUGGACCCCGCUUCUGUUCUAGGUGCAUGGAGAUGCAGGGACUUCCCUCCAAAGCAGCCAGGAAAGUUCGCUCUCGUUCUCUUGCCUGCUAACCUCCCAACCCCGGUCAGCACAGACAAACCAUGCCCACCUGGCCCCUAUUUUAUUUAUUUUAGUACACUGGCUGUAGGGAGAUCUAGGAUGACGCAAGCAAGCAUUUGGAAGACGUCCCUGGCCCCUCAGCUUAGGCAGGAGUCCGGUGUUAAUAAACUUGGCUGCUGUUUCUUCUCUGCA